CACUGGACUGCCAGGGAAGUCCUGAUAACUUUUUUUUAAUCAUGUUACUUGUAUUAAUAAAUCUGAACUCACUACUAAAAGAAAAAGAUCAUCAGAUUGAAUCACAAGGCAAAACCCAGCUGUGUGGUUUGUAAUGGCUGAUAACUUUUUAAAACUCAGUUCUUCAGUUUCUGUUUAAAAAGUGAUGUGUGAUUAAUUUACGGUAGGUGCCCCUCUCAAACAGUGUGUUUGCCCAUAAAAGGAAAGUGAGUGUUUGGGCACGUCGUUAGAGCCAGUAGAGCCCCACAUCCCGCUACUGCUCUUUGCUCUGUUAAAAACCAAAAUUCAACGGAGUAAAUUUGAAGACCUCAUUGACUUUGUUGAACGAUGCACGAAUGGGGCAGCAUCUCAUCUAGUAGAUAAGAGGUGCUCCGAGGAGCUCUUCAAUGGAAGGCUUUUAUAGUCAGAAGCUGGAUGAGGCAAGAAAGUUAUUAGCAAAAGAAAAAGAAAGGGCUGUUUCAGUCAAGGGCCCCUGCUGUUUGAUUUCAGAGUUUCCUCAUAAGAAAAACUGGCUUACAUAAUACCCACCUCACACGGUCUAGGUGAUGGUUAAAUGUAAUCAUGUAUAUGAGCGCUUCAUAGAGUGAAAGGUAACACUGAUUAUUAUAAUUAUUAUGAUGAUUUCAAGUGCAUUUGUUUUACUGGUAGGCAGCCUGUCUUCAGUUGACACCUAAAAUACAGGGAGACUGAAAAGUUGGAGGUGGGUGGAUGACAAUAGAAGGCUGAGGAUUUUUAAGAAGAUAACAGUGUCCUAGAUCCAACAUCAGUGAAGGUGGGUGCUGAGGGUUUGUGAAAUAGUUGGCCUCCUGCUGCUACCUGAUAUUUGAAACCAUAGGAUCUAUAAGUGAUCCUGGUGACCUUCAGUCCACUUUCUAUGCAGGCAACGAAUCCACUUUGUGAGUGGAUGCAAUGUCAGUGUUGCACUGAUGGCGGAGAUAAUCAAGUUUACAACUGUGUUACAAGGAACAGAAGAUUGAGUGCACAGUUAGUCAUUUGUGGACAGGUAAACAAGAAAGGAAAGAGAAGCCCAGGACAUAUGAUAAGGAUAUUUCCGAGGGAGCUUUUGUUGAAAGAGAUGGUGAUGUUCCUGAGCCCCCUGUUUUUCGUCUUCAUGCUGGGUCUGGGUCUGACCCCACUGACCCUGGCUCAGGAUGACCGCAGAUACAGACACUUCCUGUCCCAGCACUAUGAUCGCCAACCAAAGGGCCGGGAUGACAGAUACUGUGAAAGCAUAAUGAAGAGGCGAGACCUGAUCAAUCCCUGCAAAGACGUCAACACCUUUAUUCAUGGCAGCAGGAAUGACAUCAAGGGCAUCUGUGAAGAUAAGAAUGGAGAACCUUACGAAGGCGAUCUCAGAAUAAGCAAGUCUCCCUUCCAGAUCACCACUUGCAAGCAUAAAGGAGGGUCCCCCCGGCCUCCAUGCAAGUACAGAGCCACACGAGGGUACAGAGUCAUUGUUAUUGGCUGUGAAAAUGACUGGCCCACCCACUUUGAUGAGUCCUUUAUCCCUCCAGGGCAGUAGCCUAGAGCUGGCUCUGCUCUUUUUUCCUUGCAUUUCCCCCUCUUACUGUAGCAACAUUCAUUGCCAGGAAUCCAGAAAAUGAGCUGCUGAUCUUUUGUUUUCUGUUUUACAAUAUGCUUAAUAAAUAAAAACGUCUCUGAAAUCAGUAAAAAUCAAAGUCUUCUCACUGA